CCCACGUCCCCCUUCUCCCCCCCUUCUCUGUGCUUUACUUUGAUUUUACAUUUGGCCAGGGUGAGAAAAAAAAAAAAAAAGGAACAAAGCGGGGAUGAAGGUCAGAGCGGCCUGUAUCGUUGUGCAUUAUGAAAUAUGUAACUGUAUAAUUUUUUUAAUUUUUUUUUUAAUUUUUAUUAUUGUUGUUGUUGUUGUUGUUGUUAUAAUUAUUGGAUUUAUGUUCCAGAAAGGAUGUACAUAGAGGCUGACGUUUUUAAGUGUACCGCAGUACUCCACUAUUUGUACUUGCUGCAGUGUGUGUAUGUAUAUGUGUGUAUGUGAGAGAUGGUGUGUGUGUGUGUGUUUGUGUGUGUUUUACGCAUGUCAGAGACGUGGCUACCUUCCCGUGAGGCCUGUGUGUGCGUUGUGCCAAUGAGCUUUUGGUAUUUGUUUGUAACUUGGAGUAAAUCAGACAGUAACUGACAAAGGAAAGAAGCAAAAAAAAAGAAAUAAAAAUAAAUAAAGUUCCACAUACUCAUCACCAAGAGUACACAGUCACUCAUGAACCAAACAAAUGGCGCCGACGGUGGAAAAGCCAGCAGGGCCAGGAGUUCCAGGAACCGAGUAGUACUGCAAUACUGCAGUACUGCAGUACUACAGAGUUGCCUGAUACUUUAGACAGUUCUGUCUCAGUGACCCAGUUUAUAUCCGGGGUCGACAUCAAGCCUCUGAGCCCUAUAUUUGUCAGUUUUUGUCCCAAAUCCACCUCGCUCUGAACUUUUACGCACAAUUUACGCACGCGUUACGCACGUAUUUUUCCACACGCAGUCGUGGAAAAACAAAUGUAGAAGUUCAUUCUAUGAACCUCGGUGUCCAGAUUUACUAGAAUAUUAUAAAAAAUAUAUACAUAUAAAUAUAUGUGUAUAUAUAUGUCUGUGAGCAGACUGGUUUUAAAGUUGACCAUAUCCUGGACUUUGUGUCAACGUCAUCCACAGCGAACACACAGCACGCGAACUGUGUAAAUGCGCACACGUCAGUUAUCAAAACUACAGACCAGAAACUGACCAGGCAGAAAACAACCCUCCCUGGACACAAUGACCUCUAAAUGGGCAAAUCCGGUUACAAUCGACCGGUUCACAACUGUAAACAAAGGGCUGAACUUUUCAACUCACCCAGAGUCGCUGCUCUAAGGCCGGCCGUGAGUCCAAACAGACGGCGGGGACGGCAGAGGCCAAGGUCCUGCUCGGAGCCGAGCCGAGCCGAGCCGAGCCCGGUCUGGUCUGGUCUGGUCUGGACACAGACCCGUGUCGCCUGCUUCCUCUGGGUGUCUGAGUGCUGAGGCAUGUUUCUCAGCCACUGUCUGCCGCUUUGAGCCAAACUAUGAAGGAGAAGCAGCUUUGACAUUUACAUGUCAAACGGACGAGGCUUUUUAUCUGUAACUUGGACCUUAAAGAUCGGGCCUGGCCUCAUACUGAUACCUCUCACUGGCUCUCCACUGGUCACGUGGGGUCCAUAAAGUUAGUUUUAUGGUUUUGGGGAGUUGACAAUGUACUAUAUAUUUCACAUUCUAGAAAGCGAGUGACGGUUUAACGGCUUCGCGGGGAUCCUAAAGGGGUCAGUAAAGCAGAGACAGAGCGGGAGCGGCAGCGGGGAGGGAGAGAGAGUGUUCACGUAUGUGUGUGUUUGACGGCAGAGGCAGCAGGCCACUUCACCAACAGUCGCUGCUCCUGCUGCAGGUCUGUGCUGCAGGUCUGUGCUGCCGUGGACGCUGGGAAAGUACCGUGGAACCGGGACUAAAAAGAAGGCCCGGCCGCGCAGUGCCGUGAAGAAUCCCGGGGACGUACAAGAAAAAAAAAAAAAAGAAAAGAAACCUGUGGCGUUCAGAGGAGACCGGAAAUAGAUGAAGACGGUGAGAGGGCGUCUUUUAAAAAUGGAGAGAUGGGGAAAGAGAAGAAGAAGAAGAAGUAGAAGAAGAAAAACGGAGUGAACUCCCAGACUGUGGAGACACGGAGGGGAGAAAAGUGAGAGAUCAACAGGAGGACGAGAAAAAAAAGAGGAAUACAAGCGGACACUGAUGGAGAGGAGGAGGAGGAGGAGGAGGAAGGAGGAGGGAGGACUCCGUCAGCCUCAGAGGGCAAACCCUGACGUGCGAAAUUUAGGGGAGCCGGGAUGAUUAAUCUGUGGCGGCCUUGACUGAUCCUGCCGCACACAAGAGCCUUCUGCCAGGAGACGCAGAGGGCACGGGGCAGAAAGAAGAAGACGUCUUGGAAGACACUUGGAAGACUAACCCCCAGAUCUGACCCCCUCCCUCCCCCUUCACACAGGCCCGCAGACGUAAACACUCAUACACCCCCCCUCCCCUUCCCACGCCAUCAGAAAGCUAUUUUUUAAACAUGCCACAGUUUCCCAGCAUCAGAAAAGAAAGAGAAAAAAAAAACUUUUUUUUUUCCUCCUCUUUCACUGAGAAGAAGAAAAUCCCUCCCGCAACAAGAACCUCCAACAAACCGGCGGCCGAGUCCUGCGGGCUCUGACGGGGACAUGGGCCACAGGUCGAAGCACCGUGGGCCGCAGCCUAAGAUCGUUGUUGGAGAUUUUAGGACAACUAUUCCUUCCACUAAAACAUUGGGAAACAGGAGGAAAUCUCUCGGUCAGAUUGCAAGGGACCGUUGGAGAGACAGCGUCACGUGACCCCCGGUACCAAAUGGUCUUCCGGCAGCGGUUGUCAACAAGGACCGGAGCACUGCAAGCAGACGUCACCGCCGCCGCCGCCGCCACCUCCACCACCUCCUCCCUCAGACAUGCAGAAGACCACGUACUACGACAACUCCUCCACGCUCUUCGGUGGCUACUCGUCCUACCAGGUGCAGGGGGCGGCAGCGGCCGCCGCCGCCGCCAACGGCUUUGGGGGCUACGAUGCCCCGGUCCCAGUGUCCCACCACCAGCCGGCCUUCCAGUCUGCCACCCAUCUGGAUGUGGAGUCGUACCAGCGCUCUGCCUGCUCUCUGCAGUCGCUGGGCAGCAGCAGUGGCCACCAGCAGCAGCAGCAGCAGCAGCAGCAGCAGCAGCAGCAGCAGCAGCUAGCCAAGACCAAGGAGCUGAAUGGCAGCUGCAUGAGGCCCAGUCUGCCACCUGAGCACCACCCCAGCUCCCAAGUGUCCCCUCCACUGCCCCCAAGUUCCAACUCUGGUGGUAAUACGGGGACUCAGCAGCCAGGGGGCAGCAACGGGGCCUCCUCGGCCUCUAAAUCUGCCCCAGCUAAGUCAUCCAAUACCUCCUCCUCGACAUCCUCGUCUUCCUCCUCCUCACUGCCCCCCAACCCAGCCUUGGCCAAGCAGAUCUUUCCCUGGAUGAAAGAGUCCCGGCAGACGACCAAGCAGAAAAACUGUUCACCCAGCAACAACUCUGGCAACGCCUCAGGAGGAGCGGAGAGCGGCAGCAGCGGGGAGAAGAGCCCGACCAGCGGGUCGUCAGCGUCGUCGAAGCGAGCCCGGACGGCCUACACCAGCGCCCAGCUGGUGGAGCUGGAGAAGGAGUUCCACUUCAACCGCUACCUGUGCCGGCCGCGGCGGGGGGAGAUGGCCAACAUGCUGAACCUGUCGGAGCGCCAGAUCAAGAUCUGGUUCCAGAACCGACGCAUGAAGUACAAGAAGGACCAGAAGUCCAAGGGCCUCAGCUCCAGCUCAGGAGGACCCUCGCCCACGGGGUCUCCGCCCCUCACCAUGCAGUCUUCCGCCAGCUUCCUCAACUCCAUGCACCCCAUGGGUGGAGGAGGGGGUCCAGGCUACGACACCCCAUCUCCUCCGUCCUUCGGGAAGCACCACCAGGGGGUGUCUUACUCCAUGUCCACUGCCUACGCCAACGUUCCCAUGAAGGGCUGUCCCUCGCAGCAGAAGUACGGCGCCCCAGACCCGGACUACGGCGACCCCCACCCCCACCACGGCCUGGUGCAGGCCAACAGCGCUGGCUACGGGACCCCCAACAACAUGCAGGCCAGUCCGGUCUACGUGGGGGGCGGCAGCUACGUGGAACCUAUGCCCGGCUCGGGGGCCUCCAUUUACGGGCUGAACCACCUGGGCCCCACGCCGCCCCACCACCAGACAAUGGACUACAACGGAGCGGGGCCCAUGUCGGCCGCCAACCAGCACCACGUGGGUGGAGGGGGCCCUCCAGGGACCUGUGAGCCGCCCCCGCACCCGACGUACACUGAGCUGUCAGGGCACCACACCUCGACUCAGGGCAGAAUCCAGGAAGCACCCAAGCUCACUCACCUGUAGCAGGUUUGGAACAAAACAAACAAAAACAAAAAACCAACCAACCACAUGUAGGGAGUAGUGAAGACAACACAGAACACCUAACACGUCAUGUGACCCACUAACAGACUGCCCCCGUGUGGGGGGACCGUAGCGCUGCAACGGGACCAGACGGGAGACAACCCCAAGACAGACGGGUGCCAUCCAGUGGUUUGCGCCCCCUAUGUUUAGCAUCACUGCUGUUAUUGUCGACUCCAAACGUUGAUUCCAUUCAAACGGAGCGAGACGUUUAGCAAACAAAAAUAUGGAGCCCAAACCAGUUGCGUCCGCUCCACUGCGGUCGUCUUCAUUAC